AUGAGGCGCUUGACUCGCCGUCGGACUCCCAAUCGGCCGGCCGAUGACAUUGAGGCCAACGCUGCGGUCCAACCGAAUCUGGAAGGAAUAGUGGUCGUCCAAGACAGUCCUGGUGAAAGUAGUAACACCAGCAAUGAACAGAGGGAACACGUCGCGUUUGCCGAAAACCAGCCGCCUCCCAAGGAAGAAGACCUUGAUGAGUUCGAAGCGCUCGACCGCUUCAUCACCAACUACGAAACUGGGCGCAGAGCAAGUCUCGCCAACAUUUCACGGCCUGUUGUCCAGAAUUCCAAAUGGUGGCAGUUUUGGAGGUCGAAUGAGGCCGCAUAUGCGGUCGAGGGUGAGCCCGUGGUCGCCCAAGGACAGCCCCCAAGUGCGUGGCUGGAUACCGACAUCCGCGAAGGGAUUACUGCGGACAUGGUAGCGGAGCGUCGUAAGCAGUUUGGAUGGAAUGAAAUCAGUGGGGAGAAAGACAGCACACUGGCCAAGAUAUUCAGCUACUUCAGGGGCCCUAUCCUUUAUGUCAUGCAGGUUGCUGCUCUACUGGCCUUGGGGCUACAAGAUUGGAUUGAUUUCGGUGUCAUCAUGGGUAUCCUGGGCCUUAAUGCGCUCGUAGGCUACUACCAAGAAAAGCAGGCCCAAGAUGUCGUGAAAAGUCUCCAGGGUGACAUUGCAAUGAAGGCAAUGGUAAUCCGCGAUCGACAGCCACAACAAAUUCUGGCUAGAGAGCUUGUCCCUGGCGACAUCGUGAUCAUUCAGGAAGGUCAGACGGUGCCAGGAGAUGCACAACUCAUCUGCGAUUAUAACAGGCCACAGGACUUUGAGCAGUAUAAGAAACUGAGGAACGAAGAUAGAUUCAAUUCCAACGGCGUGGAUGCAGGUGGCACGAAUGACAAGAAAGGAGAAAAAUCAAAUAGUGAUGGAGACGAGUCCAAAGGGAAGGAAGACAGCACCGAGUCCAUUCGCUACGGGGAAUCACUAGUGGCUUGUGACCAGUCAGCCAUUACCGGAGAGUCGCUUGCCGUUGACAAGAGCAUGGGGGACACGAUAUACUAUACCACGGGUUGCAAGCGUGGCAAGGCAUACGCCAUCAUACUGACAUCUGCAAAGCAUUCUUUCGUUGGCCGCACUGCUGAGCUCGUCCAGGGGGCGAAGGAUCAGGGGCACUUCAAGGCUGUCAUGAACAGCAUCGGCACCGCCCUCCUAGUGCUCGUUCUCUUUUUCGUUCUUGUUGUUUGGAUUGGCGGCUUCUAUCGCCACCUCAAGAUUGCACAACCCGACACGCAGAAUCUGCUUCACUAUAGUCUAGUCCUCCUCAUCAUCGGCGUCCCAGUUGGACUUCCGGUAGUCACAACCACAACACUUGCCGUGGGGGCAGCGUAUUUGGCAAAGCAAAAGGCUAUUGUUCAGAAGUUGACGGCUAUCGAGUCUCUUGCGGGCGUAAACGUUCUCUGCUCGGACAAGACAGGAACUCUGACAGCAAACAAACUUAGCCUCCGCGACCCAUAUGUGGCCGAAGGGCAAGAUGUGGACUGGAUGAUGACCGUGGCGGCACUAGCUAGUUCCCACAAGGUAGACUCACUGGAUCCAAUUGACAAUGUCAUCAUUACGGGCUUGAAACGGUAUCCGAAAGCGCGGGAGAACUUGCGUGAGGGUUGGAGGACGGACAGGUUCAUGCCGUUUGACCCCGUGUCGAAGCGGAUUACAAGCUAUUGUACGCGGGGAGAAGAUCGCUUUAUCUGUGCAAAAGGAGCGCCUAAAGCUAUUCUUGCUCUUGCUGACGUCGACCAAGAGACGAGCCGUACGUACACCUUGAAAGCUAAGGAAUUCGCCCAGAGAGGUUUCAGAUCUCUCGGUGUUGCAUAUAAAAAGAACGAUGAGCCUUGGGCGGUUCUGGGGCUGCUGUCGAUGUUCGACCCGCCCCGCGAGGACACGGCACAGACGAUCAUGGAAGCUGCACAUUUAGGCGUUCCAGUCAAGAUGUUGACAGGCGAUGCGAUCGCAAUAGCCAAAGAAACCUGCAAGAUGCUGGGCCUUGGUACCAGGGUCUACAACUCAGAGAAGCUAACCAAUAGCGGACUGACUGGAGCGUUGCAGCAUGACUUAGUUCAGCGAGCCGACGGUUUUGCUGAAGUUUUUCCAGAACACAAGUAUCAAGUGGUUGAGAUGCUUCAACAGAGAGGCUCUUUGACUGCGAUGACAGGGGAUGGGGUCAAUGAUGCUCCUUCACUGAAGAAGGCCGACUGUGGUAUCGCGGUUGAGGGAUCGUCCGAGGCAGCGCAAGCAGCAGCGGACAUCGUGUUCCUGGCACCUGGUUUGAGUACGAUCAUUCUUUCAAUUAAGACAGCUCGUCAGAUCUUCCAGCGGAUGAAAUCAUACGUGCAGUAUCGCAUUGCCCUAUGUCUGCAUCUUGAGCUAUACCUAACCACCUCGAUGAUUGCUCGCAACGAGACAAUCCGGCCAGAUCUCGUUGUUUUCAUCGCACUGUUUGCGGAUUUGGCGACGGUGGCUGUCGCCUACGACAAUGCACAUGUGGAACCUCGACCGGUAGAGUGGCAAUUGAAAAAAAUCUGGUUCAUCAGUGUUGUUAUGGGCGUCCUGCUUGCAGCGGCGACGUGGAUUGUUCACGGCACCAUGUUGCUAGAGACGGGCGGCAUCAUUGAGACCUUCGGAUCUGUUCAGGAAGUGCUGUUCCUCGAAAUUGCCCUGACACAGAACUGGCUGAUCUUUGUGACGCGUGGAAAAGAAACCUGGCCGUCUGUACAGCUCAUCCUAGCAAUUUUAGGCGUAGACGUCUUGGCUACCCUUUUUUGCCUGUUCGGCUGGCUGUCAGGCAAGCCCGAAACGGACCCGAUGGAGGAUCAGUUCGUCAAUUCUCCCCAAGGCUACACCGACAUCGUGACUGUAGUGGUGGUCUGGGUGUACUCGAUUGGCGUCACGGUGGUCAUUGCAGUGGUAUACUACGUGCUCAACAGAGUGAAUUGGAUUAACGACUUGGGACGCCAAGACCGAAACAAGAAGGAUUCGAAUAUCGAGGACAUCAUCGGCCAGAUCAAUAAGCUUGCUUUCGAGCGCGAGACGGACGCGAAGACAGGCCGCGAAAGAUACACCAUUGUGGAAAAGUCGGCGGCUGAGGAUGAGGACUUGUAG